CUCUGUGUGGCCUGUUUGUGACGAGCUACCUCAGCGUCCUCCUCUUGGGAAUUGAAAACUGUAAUUACCAUAUUCACCAGGUCUGGUUCAGCCUUUCUGAGUCUCUUGUUUUUGUUUUCCUGUUAUCGGGGCUGACUGGGUGAUAAAUGGGUGGCCAGAGCUACUGCCCCAACAGGAUUUUCCAGAGGCGGCUCAGAAACAUGGCUGGAUUUUUUUUGAGCCUGGGUGGCUUUUUGCAAUUUGUCAUAAUUGACUGCCUUUGGGGCUGCUUGUUCCAACCCUGCCGUAAGGCAUGGGAACAUGUUGCAAUGCGGGCGGCCGAGGUCACCUUCCUGGUAUCUCCAGCCGGGAUCAACUGCGGGGACCGCCUCAGCACCCACCGCUGCGGUGACGUCCCCCAUGCGGGCCCUGUCAGUGUACUCUCCUCCCGCCGCUCCAACCCGGUCACACUCGUCCGCCACCAUGGUGGAGGUCAUAAUUACGGGGACGCCAUGCCAGCCAGCAAGUCCCGCACCGCCCGAGGCAUUCGAUUGAGCUGGUGAUGAGAUGGGGGUCGGCCAGUCUGUGGGCUUCCCACCUGUCACAGGGCCCCACCGCGUGGGCUGUGGGGAUGUGAUGGAGGGUCAGAGUCUCCAGGGGAGCUUCUUUCGACUCUUCUACCCCUGCCAAGAGGCGGAGGAGGCCACGAAGCAGCCCCUGUGGAUCCCGCGCUCUGAGUACUGCGCCGGCCUGGCUGACUACCUGCAGUUUAACAAGCGCUGGGGAGGGCUGCUGUUCAACCUGGCCGUCGGAUCUUGCCGUCUGCCUGUUAGCUGGAAUGGCCCCUUUAAGACAAAGGACUCUGGAUACCCCUUGAUCAUCUUCUCCCACGGCCUGGGAGCCUUCAGGACGUUAUAUUCAGCCUUCUGCAUGGAGCUGGCCUCCCAUGGCUUUGUGGUUGCUGUGCCAGAGCACAGGGAUCAGUCCGCUGCAGCUACCUAUUUCUGCAAGCAGGCCCCGGAGGAGAACCAGCUCACUAACGAGUCCCUGGAGGAAGAAUGGAUCCCUUACCGUCGAAUUGAGGAAGGGGAGAAGGAAUUCCACGUCCGGAAUCCUCAGGUACAUCAGCGAGUAAGGGAGUGUAUGCGAGUAUUGAAGAUCCUGCAGGAGGUCACUGCUGGGCAGACCGUCCUCAACAUCUUGCCUGGAGGGUUGGAGCUGACGACCUGGAAGGGCAGCAUCGACGUGAGCCGUGUGGCCGUGAUGGGACAUUCAUUUGGAGGCGCCACAGCUAUUCUGGCUUUGGCCAAGGAGACCCAGUUCCGGUGUGCCGUGGCUCUGGAUGCCUGGAUGUUUCCUCUGGAGCGUGACUUUUACCCCAAGGCCCGAGGCCCAGUGUUCUUUAUCAACACUGAGAAAUUCCAGACCGUGGAGAGUAUCAAUUUGAUGAAGAAGUUAUGUGCCCAGCACGAACAGUCUCGGAUUAUAACCGUCCUUGGUUCUGUUCAUCGGAGUCAAACUGACUUUGCUUUUGUGACUGGCAACCUGAUUGGUAAAUUUUUCUCCACUCAAAACCGUGGGAGCUUGGACCCCUAUGAAGGUCAGGAGGUCAUGGUGCGGGCCAUGUUGGCGUUCCUGCAGAAGCACCUGGACCUGAAAGAGGACUAUGAUCGAUGGGAUAACCUCAUUGAAGGCAUCGGGCCGUCGCUCACCCCCGGGGCCCCGCACCAUCUGUCUAGCCUGUAGGCACCCCGGCCGUCUGUGAAAGGUCCUCACUGGAGCUGCUUCGGUUCCGGGGCUGCCCACGGCCCCCACAGCCUCCUCGUAGGAGGGGCCAACCUGACCCUCACGACGAGAGGGCGUGAUCACCAUUAAUUGGGUUACUGGGAACUCUGAUCUUGGACUCGUUGAUCUUCAGCUCACCCUGGGACUCGGAUCACUUACUAAUGGGCAUACCGAUGUUCAGGGGCGUGAGCCCUGCCGGUGUGGGGGACGAGCUGUGGGUGCAGCUGGGCGCCUGGCCAGCACGGCCAGCCAGCGAGGGUGGAGGACUCUUCCUACCUCAGGGCUUCUAACUUCACCCAGCCCUGCCUCUCCCUCCCUGCUGGCCUGCCCCACUCCAGGGCCACUGGGUGGCAUGAGCACCGGAGAUGGCUCUCCUGGCCGAGGACCGCCAUGGGAUGUCUGUUGUUUUCCAGUCUCCCACUCCAACUCUCUCUAACGUAGCCGCGGGCCCGCAGAGCCACAGGCGUUAGUCUGAGCUCAGGGAGGGCCGCCGAGGUGCAGAGGGAUGCCCGCGAAGCUCCAGGUGUCUGGGUUUUGCUAACCGCAUAUCUUGGCAGGAAACAAGCCAGUAAGUGAGAUGGGGAGGGGAGGGCCAGUGUUGAGCAGCCAGCUGCACAGGCCUUUGCCACCAGGGGGAGGUAGUUUAGCUCGUCACAGCUCAGGGGUUGGGGCUCCCCGGUCCUGCCUUGGACCUCAGAUACUCCGAACCGCAAACUUGCUGGGUGCUUUCGUUGUCUGUCUUCUGGCUCUGAGGCCCUCACCCCAAAUCUCAGCUGAGAUGCAGAUUGAAUUUCCAUUGUGUGCUAUUUAUAAUAUGAAUGAACUUCACAUUUGCCGAAUGGUA